GCUCGAUGCAAAGCAACGACGAGACAGAGGGAAAGGGAAAAAGAAGUGGAAAAAAAAGCAAAUUGAGUGAAAUCACGACUUCUGUAGUCGAUCUUCCAAAGGGGUGGAAGGAGAAGCUUUUGGCACUUGGGCCUGACUCCCUUGCCAAGGUUCUUGCAGAACUUGCCAACGACGGGCAGAUCACUGCCUCUCAAAUAAAGAAAGCAAGACAAAACCUGCCAUCCUUCUCGUCCGCAAAAUGGACCGAGCUUGCGCCCCAAUUCGAUCUGAGCCCUGAUCUUUCGCACAUCAUAUUUGACUCAUUCUCGAUUCCUUCUGUUUUUCUCCCUCCUUCUUUUCAUGAAACUACUGCCGAGGCGGCGUGGCGCAUUCAAGACGUCUACCAAGAACGACCUCUUCAGGUGAGGGAACAAGUGCGAGUUAGAGCCCUUGACGCGUACCUCAUACCCAUUGUUGCAUUAUUCCAUGGUCGAAUUAUCAAUCGACCGGAGGACCCAAUAACGACGGCUUACUCUAGCGGAGGUGAGGUUGAGCAUGAGCUAGUCAUGAUUGGGGGUAUGCUUUUCUUUGUAAUUUUGCGUUUCCGAGGGGAAGACGACAUUGCGCAACUAUUUCUUGAGCUCCUUUCCGCCGCCGAAAUGAACAAGAAUGUAGAAUUUGAAGGCCUGCGUGUUUAUGGUUUACUUACCGACAUGGAGACUUUUCAUUUCUACUCAUAUGAUCAAACCCAAAAGAAGUUCGCUUUUGACGAGAUGCUGCGAGUAAACUCCACAAGAGAAAUGUUCAUUGCAGAUAUGAUAAGUGUGACAAAUAAAGUAUUCACCGUUAUUCUGUUUGCCUAUACUGAAGGCCUUGCUGCCAUCGUCAAAAAGAGUCGUGAGAGGCGACCUGUGUCGCCUAUCGGUUCCUCACCCACUGAGCAACUGUUUGGCAUUCACACUGAUGACAAUGUAAGCCAGAAGGAAACACAUUGUGCUCAUGACAGUAAAUCGACUGAACAAUGGGAAAUGGCCUUCGCCCUUGUCGCCCAAUGCGUGAACAAGUUCAAGGAGCCCGUUCGUACUAUUGAAGAUGUUGAAAAAAAGUCUUGCGAGGCAGUUGCAUUACUGACAAAAAGUGUCCUUUCUAUCCCACGUGUUUCUGACUAUUCAGGGGAGGCAGACCUAUCGAACGAAAACGAACUGAGGACACUGGCCCGCCGCGUUGUCCGAGAAAAAUAUAUGAAAGAGGUUGAACGACACAUCCGCGCAACAGAUGCUGCUUAA